UACACGGGAAUCAGCCGCGAGUUCAGAUCGAAGAAUGUUUGAAAAUUCUGUGGAAUGCGAAUCACGACGCUUAAGUAUGAUGUAUCUUAAACAAUGGCUUUGUAAGUCCUACUGAAUCAACGAAUGUGUGAAAUAUUCUGAGGGAGACAAUAAUAGUAUCACGGGAUGAAAUAAAAAAAGGUGUUAAAGCGACGUGUCUAUCCGCUCGGGCGUUAUAAUGUGUCUGCAUGCUGGUCGAAUCGCUAGAAGCGUUGUGAGAUAAUAUAAAGAUGGGCAGAAAGAAAACUCAUGCCUCCGGCAAAUGUAAACAUCACGCUGCACCGCAGAAGAGGAUUUCACCCGCGAAAAGGAAUGAGAUCAACGUUCAGUGCGAGAAAUUAUUUCAUUUGAGCAGCAAUCCUGCGUAUGUCACACAACUAUGGGACAAUUACCUGGAGAUUUUGGCUGUUUUGGAAAAGGUUAAACGAUUGGAGGAAAUGAAGACGGAGUCGUCAAAACGUUUCCAGGCUAUCGGACAAUUCAUUAAGUGGCUCAGGGACAAUGGCGCUAAUGUGGAUGGAGCAAGUAUAGCUGAGUUUCCUGGUUUCGAAUUGGGCUUGAAAGCUGAAAAAGAUUUCAUACAGAAUCAGCUUAUGUUGGAAAUACCACGAAAAUUGAUUCUGAGCGUCGAGUCUGCUGCUCCAGAACUUACGUCACUGCAGAACGAUCCAUUGGUACAGCACAUGCCACAAGUGGCUUUGGCAAUUGCCCUUCUUAUUGAAAGGCAUAAGGAAAAUUCAAAAUGGAAACCCUAUUUGAACAUUCUACCAACAACAUAUUGUACAGUUCUCUAUAUGAAUGCCAAUGACAUGAUCGAACUAAAGGGCAGUCCGACAUUAGAGGCGGCAUUGAUUCAGUGCAGGAAUAUUGCGAGGCAGUAUUCGUACUUCAAUAGAUUGUUUCAAAACAGCCACAAUGCGGUGUCUGAUUUACUCAGGGAAGUUUUCACCUACGAGGAGUACUGCUGGGCAGUCUCCACUGUGAUGACCAGGCAGAACAUGAUUCCCAGUGCGAAUGGACCGCAGAUGAUACAUGCUUUGAUACCCAUGUGGGAUAUGUGCAAUCACGAAGAAGGCACUAUAACUACGGAUUUCAAUCGCGACACUGACAGUUGCGAAUGUUUUGCACUGAGAGACUUCAAAGAAGGGGAACAAAUUUUCGUUUACUACGGACCCAGGACAAACGCUGAUUUCUUUGUGCAUUCUGGCUUCGUGUAUCCAAAUAACAAGCAGGAUGGUUUCAAGCUUCGUCUGGGCAUCAGCAAAGCAGACUCACUUCAAAAAGAGCGGAUAGACCUCCUGGAGAAGCUAGGACUGCCGUCGGUCGGUGAGUUCCUCCUAGUCCCAGGAACCGAACCAAUUUCAGAUCUGCUCCUGGCCUUCCUGCGCGUCUUCAGUAUGCGCAAACCGGAACUCGAACAUUGGCUCCAGUCCGACAAGGUCUUCGACCUGAAGCACAUAGACUGCGCCCUGGAGACCGUGGUCGAGGAAAACGUGAGGAAGUUUCUGCUCACCAGACUCAAACUUUUGAUCGCUAACUUUCCCACGACAUUGGACGAAGACUUGGAACUCCUUAAGACGACUUUGCCCCACGCCAAGAAAUUGGCGGUUCAGCUCAGGGUAUCUGAGAAGAAGAUACUUCACGGUGCUCUGGAUUACGUCGAACAGUGGAUCAAAGCGUAAUUGUCUUUAUACGCCAACAUGAAAGAAGUAUGCGCAACAAGUAGAAUGUGUGUGACGGUUAGAACUCAAUAAUGAAAUUAAAGAAUCUCACCCGAUGCCAAUAUUAUUUUUACAAGAGACGGGGAGAGAGAGAGAGAGAGAGAGAGAGAGAGAGAUGGUCCGAUAACGGUGAAUACCAGUGAAGCUGCUGAAUUUUCCAGGAUUCCUGGAUCGUGCGAAAGUAUAACUGUUUCUUUGGUAUUUCACUGUACCUAUAUAUAGGGUGGGGUAUCCCUGCAUUGUACUCUGUAAAUUAAAAUAAAUAUAUAUGUAUGUAUGUAUAUGAGAUAAGCUUGACGAAAGGAUUAUUGUGAAUCGCGUAAAUACGUGUAAUGAUUUAACGGAUAUGAAAAGUGAAAUUGAUCAAGUUCUUGUGCUCUCUAUAAGAAACAUCGCAUUGUCUUAAUAAUGCACGAAUUUGGCCAAUAACCCUUUACUGUUACAGGGUGUUACAAGCUCUCUGCCUUGCUACACUUUAAGUCUCUCAUUAACUCUAAGAGUAGGUAAUAAAGUGCUUCGUUUCAAAUCAUAAAUUAACAUGAAAAGACAAGCUAUCAUUUGGUUGUUCAGUUGUACAUCAGUGAAGAGAUAAAUUUGUAGAGCUAGACAUGAAGGAUUGGAAAUAUUUAUUUUUUAAGAGAGAGAGAGA